AUCGGAGCAUGUAAUAAAAAGUGUUCAUACAAUGCGCAGCUUCCGGAACGUUGAAUUCACCAAUUCACCAAUCACCAAGCUGUGUCUAGGAGCGCGAACAACUUAGGAAUAUAUUUACGUUGUGUACGUUCCAUUCGUAGCAGCGGUAGCAGUUUCCGAGCCGUUGUCCAGGCCCUCCUUAAAUUCGAAGUGCUUCUAUUGUUACAAAUGGUCAAAUGGGACUCGAAUUCUUGGAAGAUCGAGUCACCGGAUAGCAGGUAGUUUGUGAUUCGAGAUGAUCCUUAGAAAAUCUCUCGGUAUAGCAUUUAAGUGAUGGGUAAUCGGGGAUUUCGAUGAAGAAAUUCUGAUCAAUUACCAUUAGUUUUUUUCUAUUUCAACUUACAGCUGGCAAUUUUAUAUCGUAGGGAAUCUCAUGCACUACAAUUGAAUAGCAGGUAAAUAGAGAGGUCAUUGAGAAAUCUGAAUCAUAAAUAUUGACGAGAUCGGCGGCAAUCGUAGAAGCAAUCAUAAUAGUAUCUACGUCACAAUGUGUGUAAAUCAGCAAAUACAAUUGAUAUUUUUCGAAAUGAAAUCAUUUCAGAUUAAGUGCUUACCUUUGAUCAUUUUAUUUAGUGAACGCAUUGAUAUUGAACAUGUUAAUCAGAAUGGGCCAAUUAGUUAAUUAGCUGGCUAAUUGUGAUCUACAUUCAAUUUUGUUAUCACAUGGUUGUAUAAACGCCGCAGCAAGUAUGAAAUAUCUUUUUUUGUUAUUAGAAAUGAAUUGUCAACUUGGGCAACGAUUUGAAAGAAAAAACGUGCACCAGUAGCAAAUCUGGUAAAUAAUUAUCUUCCGCUUCAGAUGAUUGCGGUAUCGAGAUUUUCGAGAUGAUCUCGAAUUGGAUCUAUGAACUUUUAGCGGUGAAUGUACUCCAAUAUGGCGAAUAACGACAAAGGACGCAGAAAGUGGGGAGGAAUUUCACAAGAUAAUAUAGUAGCUUCUGAAUUAGAAAAGAGCAGAUCAACGGUAAUGCGUGGCGGUGCAAGCCGGGCCCCUCCUCAGGAAAUCUACAGACCUGGGAGUGGUCCUUUACGUAAAUCAGGACCAAGUUCCGAUGAUUUUGACAGUGAGAAUAAUCCACAAGAUAAACCUAAACUGCCAUCUCAUCAUUAUCGUCCAAAGCAACAGCAGUUCAAUAACCCACAUACGAUGCAGAAUGAUGUCCCUUCACCCCAAAUUGUGUACUUAUCCGAUAAAAUCAAUGAUAUGCGUUUGAAGUAUAGAAACAAUACUAAUGACCAGAGUCAUGCAUCAUCUACAAAUAAUCAUCUCGGAGGAGAUUCACGCAAAAAAAAUAAAAAACCUGAACAACCGCUGUACGUGCCAAAAAAGGUUAAGGAGUCAUUAGCUGAACGUGAGGUGGCUAACAGAUCUCCAGUGCAUGUAGCUUGGGAACGGGAGCGAGAGAGGGAAGAAAACAGAGAUUGGGAUACUCAUUCAAACCGCAGCCAUAGAAAUGAGAGCCAUCAGAAUCGUACGGGUAGUUAUUGUCAUGGCGCUGGUGGAGGAAGUCGAGGCAGUGGGAGGGAUGACCACGGGAGACGUGGGGGAGGAAACCGACGUAAUCGAAACACUAGUGAAUGUGAAGAACGUUGGAGAGCCGAAUCACCAUCUUUGGCAAGAAAUUACGGAAAUAGACGGGACAAUCACCGAGAGAUCAGACAGGGCUCAGAACCUCUUAUAGUUUCCCCAACUGGGACGGGAGAUCCUAAUCGUACUCGAGACACACGAAGUGUAGAACCAAUUGGAUAUCCCGAAAAAUUUCAGGGAAAACCACCUUCUGGACGAAGAGGAAGUAGCAAAAAUAAUUCUAUGCUUAGAAUGAGCAAUUUCGACCUGCUACCUCCGAGAUUGCAGAAGAAAUUUCUAGACAAAAAUGGGUUAAUCCCUGUACAAAAUAGUUACAUUGGUACAACUUCAGAAGAUACACAGUGGGAUGGAAGCACGGUUACUUAUCAAGGUACUUCUGGGUAUAACUAUUCACCUGUGAUUCAUCAUUCACAAACGAUGCAGCAUCUACCACCGACUGGGUCCUUACCACCUCAGCAAAAUUGGUCAAACACUAUUCCUGCUCGUACCCGUGGCAGAGGAAGACUAAGGCCAGAAGAAAUGGAUAAUCAGGCUCCAAUGUUUAGAUCGGUAACACCAGAUCAAUUCUCUGCACCGAAUUCUCGGCCACAGACUCCCACUCAGGAAUACAUGAAUCGAUCCUACGAUCGACGUGGUAGUAACAGUACCAUGUAUACAAGUGUGGAAAGUCUGAGUCGCACAGAUAGUUCAAUGAUGCCUCCUCCACCACCUCCAGCAAUAUCACCUGCAAUUUCAGCACACAUUGGGAACAGAGUCCAACCAUCUCCGGACUAUCAAAAGCAUAGAAGAGGGGCGACGUCUCCAACUGUGCCUCAACACCAGGCUUAUCAGCCGCAACGCAGUAAUAACAACUCGUACCAGUCAAAUGCGUCUCAGGAGAAAUUAAAUGAUAAACAGACACUGAAUCUUAGCCCGUCAAAGACUGAAACAUUUAGUCCUUUGUCAGAUAUGUCAUCAGAUCAUAUAUUGGAUUGGAGCGAAGAAGUUGAAUUGGAUGAGAAACUUGGGACUGAACAUUUGAGCCGCAGUUCUUCGGUGAUCAGCCUUCGUGACAAUGCCAGUGGUGUGUCUGGUAGUCAGAUCUCUGCGGGAGGCACUGGUGGUCGCAAUCGAAGCAGGAAAAAGAAACACGACAAACGGCACAGCACUGACAGGAGCAUGAGUAGAGAUAAAACCAGAGAAAAUAGUAGGGAACGUCAUAAAAAUGAGCAGAAUAGAGAGAAUGACAACUAUAACAACAAUCAGAAAAUUACUGGCAGUAACAGAAGAUACAAUAGAAUUCAUAGACCGUCAAAUAAUAGUCAGCGAAGUCGUGAGCCGAGCGUGGAAAGAAAUUUCAGAGGAGGUAGUCGAAAUCCGGAUGACUUUCAUAGGAACAGAAUGCCAGAUUCGCAUACGGAUGAGAAUUGGAGGGUAGGUAGAAAGCCUUCAAUAUGCGAUUCAGAAGAUGGUCGACCUCCUGCAUCUACACCACAAAUCAGUCAUCUACAAUCAACGCAUUCUGCUCAGCAAUCAACUUCUCCACCUAGUUCUGUUUUGCAUCAUAAUAAUUCUCAGCCAAGUUUCAAUAGUGCUCAGCCACCUGGCGUCUUGGUUCUACCUGAGACGAGUCAAUCACCACCAAACGCAACUCAGGCUAGACAGAUUUCUUCACAGCAACAGCGAACUCUCUUUGAUCCCAAUAAUCCUAACAAACCUAUCAUCAUCACCUCUCCAGGCAGUCGAGCUGCUUUGCCAAGAGAGAAUGACGGUUCAGUUCAGCCCUCCAGUGUUCCUGUAUUCCAGUCUCAUCCUGGAAGUCCAGGUCAUGGCUUCCAGGCACCACAGAUGGACAGUAUGCCACCUACAUAUGUUACUGAUCAGUAUGGAAAUAUGAGACCACCUUGGUAUAAUCCUCAUUCUGAAAGUUUUCGAUCAGCCAAAAGCCCCUGUCUACUUCUGGAUAUCAACAGAGCAGAUCUAGAGUUACAAUGGAUAUUAAGUUCUGGUGGUUUCACAACAAGCUGGGAGCGGCUAUCCUAUAUUCGUCGGUUUUUACAAGAAAGUUUGCAAACUUUACUCGAAACGGACAUUAAAUUUUGUCAAGCGGAAAAUGUUGAGCAACACUUUUGGAAAAUACUAUUCUAUAAUAUGAUUGAGAUGUUACGGAAGGGUAUGCCUAAAGAGAACUCUGAAGGUCGUGAACAUUAUAAAAAAAUAAUGAUUGAUAUAAUUGACGAGGGGACGGUAUACCUAGAAAAUCUUCUAACCGUCCUUGAGAACACCUAUAAAUUCAAAUUGGAUACGUUUCUGGCAUCUUCAUCGCCACCCAAAGGUCUUGGAUUUGUUGGCUUGGCUUUGGUCAGUGCACAGAAAAUAUUUCUAUAUCUAGGAGACCUAGCUAGAUACAAGGAACAGGUUAACGAAACUAACAACUACGGAAAAUCUAGGCAGUGGUACGUAAAAGCACAGCAGAUAAAUCCCAAAAAUGGAAGGCCCUAUAACCAGUUGGCCCUGCUGGCCCACUAUGCUAGACGAAAAUUAGAUGCAGUUUACUUUUACAUGCGUUCUCUGAUGGCGUCGAACCCGUUCCACUCCGCCAGGGAAAGUCUAAUAGCUCUUUUUGAUGAAAACAGAAAAAAGUAUCUACAUUAUUAUGAAUCGACCGAGCGUAAGCGUAAAGAGGAACGAGAAUGGAAAGAAAGAGCAAGAAUGAAAGAGAAAGAAGGAGCUACCAGUGGGGGUGGAGGGUUAAGAAGAGAAAUUUGGAUACAUCCCGGUGGCAGGAGAGUCACACGAACGACCACUGCAGCUGCAGCAAGCGAGGCAAGACUCGCUCAUAGCGAUCUUGAGGAACUUAGCCAGCUGACCAGUGUCGAGGUGAACAAGCGGUUCGUGACUUCCUAUCUCCACGUGCACGGGAAGCUUAUCACCAAGAUUGGGAUGGAAACCUUCCAGGAGGCCGGUGUCCAGAUGCUCAAAGAAUUCCGGGCCCUCCUUCAACAUUCACCUCUUCCUCUGCCCGGCACUAGACUUCUUCAGUUGCUCGCUCUCAACAUGUUUGCCAUCGAGACCACGCAGCUCAAGGAUCCGCAAUUAGAACCUGGGUACAGAUCGGAGGUACAGGAACGCGCGCUCGUCGUGUCCCUGCAAAUGUUCAGUCUCAUACUAGAGAGAGGAGUUUCAUUACUGAGGGCGCAACUCGAACGCGUCGAACAUCCGAGGCUCAUCGUUGACGAGGACAUGCAAGUACUGCUACCGGCCAUCAAGACGUGGUGCGAUUGGAUGCUCUGCCACAGUACCGUUUGGAACCCACCGCCAUCUUGUACCGAUUAUCGAGUAGGACCACCGGCCGACGUUUGGAGUCGAUUGGCGACGAUGGUGAAUCUUUUGGAAAAAUUGGAUCAUCAGAAAGCGAUAUUGUUGAGCAACGUUUUGGGUGCAGAAGGAUCAGAAUUGGUCAGGUUACCGGAAGACUCGACACUCUCGGGAUUCACACCCCUGAUGUCGAACCCUCAGGAGCCAAUUUUUGUCCGCAAGGAGGAAGAUAUGGAGGUAGCCCAAGUCUGCUUAAGGAUACACAAGAUACUCUUCUUCGGUCAAGUCUUUCUGUGCGGUCUCGAAACACCUGUACUUAAACUACAAAAGUGCGAAACUGGGGACAGCGAGUACGUAUCCGUCGUCGAAACAUCCAGUACGAGCUCGCCGAGUUCACCGCCGGAACAGAGUGACUCGGAGAUCCUCGUCGAAAGCUACAGCGAGGGGGAAGAGGAUCAAGCACACCAACAUCCGAUGUCAAUGAAACGUUUGCCGUCGAGUGGCAACAUCGGCGAGGAUUCGAAUUCCGUUCCCGCACCCACGGGCGAGAUUAGGUCGCUGAUUGAGCGAAAAGAAGAACUCGAGAGGCGCCAAAGGAAGCAGGAACGUCAUCGACAAAGGGUCCAGGCGAUACUGCAAAAGUCGACGGUGUCCGUUGAGAUCGAAGUUAAACCGAGACAGCUCGUUCCGGACACGAAUUGUUUCAUCGACUACCUUCCGCAACUCCAGGCGAUCGCCAGAGCCACUUCCGGUACCCAGCCCAUCUAUACUCUGAUGGUACCUUUAGUCGUUCUCAACGAGUUGGAAGGUCUUGCUCGCGGAGGUGAUUCUCGCGACUGUCCACCAGCUUCUAGAGCCGCUUUGGAUCCCGAGCACGUCGCCAGGGUAGCUGAAAGUUCUAGAGUGGCGCUGACAUUUGCUCGUAGCAGAAAUCCAGCUGUACGAUGUCUGACGACGAGGGGAACGGUACUCACCUCCAGUACAUUCACCGUCGAGGAAGAUGUCAAUCAGGACGGGCUUACCAGGAACGACGACAGAAUUCUAGCAACCUGCUUAAGCUUGUGCCGAACUAACAGCAAGGAACAAAGCAACACCGAAGAAGGCCAGCCACGGAGGCUACGACGAGAAGUAGUAUUGCUCACGGAAGAUAGAAAUCUUCGGGUGAAAGCAUUGGCGAGAGAUGUCCCUGUCCGUGAAGUACCGGACUUCAUACAGUGGGCCGGCCUUGGGUGAUCGCCAAUUCCUCAAUGUUCGCUCUUUCAAAUAAACGAAUAAUCGAAUAAACUGACACGAUCGUACCCGGGGAAAUAAAGAAGAUGGCGGAAACAAAAUUGACUAGAGAACGAAAAAACCAGAAAAUCAAAAAAACAAAAAAAAGAGCAAAAGAGAAAAAAUCGAAACGAGCAUUAUUCACCCAUCUCAGAGCAGACGUCUUUAUCGCCAUCGAAUGACCACGGAGACGCAGUCGUUCCGAUUGCGUAAGUUCCCAAGGACGACAUUGUAUCUGGAUAUUACGUUUUCCCCGUAGUGUCAGGUCGUGGGCGUUGAUCGGACCUAUUUCCGAGGAUUUCACCGCGACGAGUUUACACGUUUAUACAGGUAGAUAUUUCUAAUUACCACUACAGCCGAUCAGAUUCCUCAUUUCUCACCUUUCCCCCCGAAUAACGGAAAAACCUGAUGGGAUCCCCGGCGAGUUUUGAAUAAUUGUUAAUAUUAUUAUUAUAAUUAUCAUCAUUACUACUAUUAUUAUUAAUAUAAUUACUAUAAAUAUUGUCGGCAAUUACUAUCGUGCCGCAAUAUAUCCUACAUCACUCAACAAGGAAGAGUAAAGAAAGAAUGGAAAAACAAGCAACGAUAAUUCAUGCAAAACGGUGAAAAUAAUAAUUGGUUUAUAUGAUAUUCCUAGAGCACAGAAUCAUGUUACAGUGCGUUUCAGUGGUUUUAUGUCCACCUUUACAAUUUGUACAAAAAUGUUGGUAGAACAGAAAAAAAAAAGAAAAUGAAGUAGUGCGAAGAAUUGAAAAGAAAAAAAAACAAUUUCUAUCAAUAUAACAAGACCGUAGCGAUCAUUUUGCAAAUAUUAUAACCACUGUCAGUAGACCAGUUUAUAUUAUUAUAUACUGAUUUAUUUUUUACAUUGUAUGAAUUGUAACGCAUACAGAUAUAGUUUAAGUUGAGAAACAAAAAGGAAAAACCAAAAGUUGCCAGUGAUUUCUUUAUUUUUUGAUUCUUUAUUAUUAUUAUCACUAUUAUACUUAAUAAUUGUCAUUAUUAUCAUUAUUAAUAAUAUUACUAAUAUUAUUGUUUUUCGAGAGAUAGAAUCAUGUUCGAAAAUGUUGAACGCGUUUCCUAAAUCAAGUUCAUCACUUGUUUUUCCUUCGACUAUUAUAUAGGACACAUGUACAAUGUAGACACGUGAUAUGGACUUCCGUAAUUAUUAUGGCAAUUAAUAAUGAUGAUUCGCUGUUGUUUUAUAUUGUUCUCAUUGCUUUAGAGGACACAGUACCUAAGCCGCGAUAGAAGUGAAAUCGAAAUUAGGUGAGAUCAAACGGGAAAAAAAUUGAGGGAGAAGAUUUUCAGGGUGGAAAAUAUUGAACUCGAAGUCUAGAUGAAGAACAAAAAAAAAAAAAUGACGAAGACCGUGAAUUGUACGCGCAGUUUAUAACGAGCGCGAUUUUGUGUGAUAAAUUUUACUUAAUCCAAAACUCAUGUCAUUUUAUCACCAGAAGUGUGCCAUUUAUUGUGGUUUAAUUCGAUUGUAUUGUCUAUGAUCAUGUUUAUAAUACACCUCUAUACAUAUGUUUGGGAUUCUCCGGACAAUUGUACAAUCUAUUUGUUUCUUGUUUAUUUUUUUUCUUCAUUUUAUCGAAACAAACCAGCCUCCAUUUUAUUCGUCAACUAAUUUUACGUUUUUCUGACCAAUUUUAACCUCAUCCUGCGCUUAAUAUCGCGGUAAGAUCCAUCCUUGAAUCAGUUAAUAAUGUUCACUAAUUACGAUGUUCAUUGUGAUACAGUAUAGAGCUUUUCAUUGAUCCUUAUCGAAGAACGCGAUGAAUGACCACAACUGUUCUGUUGUAAAACUUUGAUAAAUUUCUAUGUGGAAGUGACUAAUCCUAGCAUCAAUGUGAUCGUUGGUCAGUAUUUCAAUAUUUUUGUUUGCAUAAUAUUAUUAAAAAACGGAUGGGAGAAGAACUAAAGAAAUAAUGAUUCCAUUUCGUUUCAUUUCUACGGUUGUUGCUGUCUUUUUCCAUCGUUAUAGGCAAUAAUAAAUUAAAUUAUAAAAUGAUCCAAAAGUAGAUUUUGAAUACAAAAAUAAAUCGAAAAAAAGCAAAAAAAAAAAAAAAAAAUGUAUGUUAACAAUUAACUCAGGCAAAAUUUUGAUAAAGGUAAUUAUAUAUUACGCACCUGUUUUUAAAUGUAACAUUCGAGUCAAGACUACUUAACGCACUACAAAUUUAUAAAUUUUUAUCAACCUGACCACUUAUCUACGAUUUCACAUUUUUUAUUGUAUCAUUAUUAUUGUCAUUAACGUUAUUACCAAUUUUCUUAUUAUUGUGAUUACCAUGAUUUUUGUUAUGAUUAUUAUUACUAUGAUUAUUAGCAUGAUUAUUCGACUAUCGUUAUGCACGUUUAGUUUGUGAAUGUGUAGAGUAUUUUUUGAUUAUUACUGCUAUUCACUAUUAAUAUCAUCAUAUUGAUACUAGAAAAUUAGCAUUUAGUGUAACGUUAAAAUUGAUAUGAUAAUCAUGACGACGAUGUGGCAUUUCAGGAGUUUAAUUAUUGCACGACGAUGUUUUAUUGUAGAAUUUAUUUUAACAAUUUAUAAUCGUAUAUCGUGCCCGGGUGUAUAGCUAUGAUAAAAGCAAGAGAAAAAAAAAAAAAAAAAAAAAAAAAAAAAACACCAAUAAUAUCGAAUGUGUACAUUCCGAAAGUCCGAUUUAGUUUCAAUUUUCAUUCGGUUUUUAUUUUAAUUAUUUUCUAUUUCUAUUUCGAAUCGAUUUUAUUGACUAAAAACUAUAACGAAAUCAAUGAAUAAAUAUAACGAUUUGUAAAUAAUUUUUAAGUGACUGUGUUAUACGCGUAUAUUCGUAUGAUAUAUUCAUCACCUGUAAGUAUAGUGUAGUAUUUAGGUGUACAUGUAAUAAUAACAACAUUGUUUUCUCACAUUUUAGCGUACAAAAAACUUUUUCACCGAUCUAUGUAGUAAUAAAUAAUAUUCACAAACAAAUAUUAAUCAGCGAUAGCUGCACAUGUUACGCCCUAAUAGAGGAUAUCCUAUUUUUGACAAGUUUUAACAUAUUAACAUACCAUAAUUAUCAUUACUUGACUAAUUGUCAAGUUAUAAUCAAAUAGACGCAAGAGUUGAGUAGUAAGAGUAGUAAUAAAUAAUAUUCACAUACAAAUAUUAAUCAGCGAUAGCUGCACAUGUUACGCCCUGAUAGAGGAUAUCCUAUUUUUGACAAGUUUUAGCAUAUUAACAUACUAUAAUUAUCAUUACUUGACUGAUUGUCAAGUUAUAAUCAAAUAGUCGCAAGAGUUGAAGAGGAAAAAAAAAUGAAAACAAAAAAAAAAAUUGGUCAAAAAAUGUGAGUGUCUUGCGCGAUGACUAUUGGCGCGUGUAGGUGCCAUAAUUGGAUAAAGGUGACGAUUUUUUCCUUCUCUCUAUAUUUUAAUUUGUUCUAUUUUUGUUUCCCAUGUGUAGUUUUUCAUUUUCCUUAACUAUUUCUGAGACGUGAUCAUACAUGGCAUACAUACUUCGAGCUCAAUUUUUCGAACGCAAAACAAUAUCAAUUUCGGUUUAUAAGAAAAUCAAAUUAUAUCAUGAUUAAGGUACCUAAAUAUAAUAUAACCGGUACUUAUUGUUGUUAUAUUACUAACCAGAACCGUUGAUACCUACAACCAUGAUUGUUUUCACUAUUUUACUUACGUAGGAUAGAUAGAUAGGUCAAUGUAUAGUUCUAGCGAUGGUCUAAUUACUAUACUGACGACUAAUUAGUCCGUAUAGUUAGUCACGCCUAGGAUAAGGCGAAUGGAAAUUAAAAGUAAUUGAAUAAUCUUAAUGAUGAUGAUAUAAUAAUAAUUACAACAACAAUAAUAAUAACACUAACUAAAACAACAACAACAACAACAAUAUUAAUAAUGAUAAUUAUAAUGAAAAAAGUGAUGAAAAGGGAGGGGGGGGAAACCUGAACUAAAAAUAAAAAUAAUAAAAAUAGUAAUAAUAGUAAAAAUAACAAUAAUAAGAACACUACGAUAAUACUAUGAUAAUUGAAGUACAUAUUAUAUGAACGUUGAAUGUGAAGAUCAACGGUACUUUUUAUCACAAUGUACAUGUUCUGAAACGCCGGGCGAUUGUAACCUUAUAAUAAUAAUUAACGAAAGAAUUUUUAUUUCUAAUUUUUUUACACGUAAACCCUCCAUUGAAAAUACCACGCGAAACUUUAUUUCACCGAUAUUGAAGUAUAAUGAAUAAGAAAUAUCGAUUGUAAAUGAACAAGUAUACGUGUUUAAUUCUGUUAGAAUAGUGAAUUUUCACUAAUCUCGCGAUGAUAUGAAAAGGAAGUGAAAAAGAAAACAAAAAAUUUACAAAUUAAAAAUAAUAAUAAUGUUAAUGAUAAAAAUUGCACGAGUGAAUCAAUAAAAUCAAUCUCCACAUUUAUAAUAUGUAUACUAUGGAUAUACCCUAUACAUAUACCGAAGAUAAAUGCAAGAGAUGAUAAUUAUCUCGUUUUCUCAUUUCUAUAUUUACACUCAGGAACAGAGUCUUAUUGUAUCGAUACGAAUUAGAAUUGUAGUUACAUAUUAUAGAAAUUCAUGUUGCUAUAGGUAGUGUUACCACUUCAAUUAUUAUCAAUAAAACCAUUGAGAAUGAUGUUAAAAUGA